ACAUGCGCGGUCAGGAGGGGCCGGUGGUGGCUGUCCGGUCCUCACGGCUCAGUUGGUGGGAGGACUCGUCAGUGCGUGGACAUGGAGGGUUCGGUGUCCCUGGAGGACACGUUUUCCGAGGAGGAGUUCCAGAAGAUUCUAGUUCUGAUCGGAGGCAAAGAGAGGAUUUAUCUGGUCAGUGAUGCCUGCCCAGGUCCAGAGGGAGCCGAGGAGGAGGCCGGGAUCCUGCAGGACUUCAUCCGUGACAUGUUUGACAACAGCCUUUGGACCAAACCCCAGCAGUCCCAGUCCUGUCCCACAGAGGACCAGGACCACCCUGCAGACCAUCAUCAGAUCAGUGACCCCCAUGUGAGAGUCAGGAGCACAGGUGAGGAGGUAAGAGCCAGUCCAGCAGAAGGAGGAGGAGGAGGAGGAGGAGGCAGGACAGACAGCCACAGACCAAGGACAGCCACCAGGAGGACGAACGUGUGCAGCAAACACAGAACCAUAGACUGUCCCGUCAUCAUAUUUAUGUUCACACAGACUUUUCUGCGCAGCAUGUCCAGCCACACCUGUUUGAAGGAGAUCUUAAAAGACGUCAAAGCGCGAACGAAACGGGCCACAGUCCCGCACCCAGCUCUGAUUGGAUUAAUAGGCACCGCAGCGGAGAGCGCAGAGACGCAGCGGUGUGCGCAAACUCUGGAGCAUCUGAUGCGGUCCGUGUUCUGCAGACACGCAGCAGAGACCAUCUGGGUCAGCUGGUUCUGCCCCAGGACAGAGGCCAAGGUCCGCAGCAUCAAGAUGAACACCUGCAGAGUCAUAUAUGCAGCCCAAACAGCAGAUAAUACGAGGGAUAGAGGGAACCUGCUUCUCUGGCCAUUCCAAUGUUUGUUCCGGUCUCACAGAGGACGACCAAGACGCCAUGCCAACAACUCUACAACCAGCUGGCAAAGAGGUGACACUCAGUGCACAGAGGAGGGCAUUCCCUUGAAAACCAAUUCCCUAUCUGUCGGACCCCAUGUGGAUGGAGCAUCAGCCAGAAAAGACAACUAAUGUGAGGACCUGUGUUUGCAGACCUGUACUGUGGUCAACAUGUGGCCUAAAAAGUUGGAUUUUUGCCAAUAUUUUUUUGCCCUUCUACAUAUUAUGUUUGAUACAUGAGCCGUAACAAGUCGGAGGUGGUGUCAUUUUCCUAAUUUACCCCUUGUAUAUGUCUCAUGUCAGUGGGUUAGUCAAUUAUUAAUUGGUAAAGACCAGAAUAAAGUGUCAGUCUCUUUUAUCAGACCAUUUUACAGCACAGGUUACUGAUUUAUGUACUGACUUAUUACAUCUUUUAAAAUGACUAGAAACAUGAGGCUCAUAAGUGAUGAAGAGCAGAGCUGGACCACCUACUAGACAGACUACUAAACCUUUAAUUUAAUCUGUUGGUGCUAAUAUAGCUCAAAAUACUUAGAUUACGCACAAAUAAAGCAUACCCUCAGGUUUUUGUGUUUAAGUAGAGUAUAUUAUUCCACAUUCAUGGAUUAGGUGCCUUCCUAGCAUUGGGAAUUUGUAUUAUUUCAUAGUGUUGGAGGAUUAGGGGCUCACAGCAGCUCAUUUUAACUAAAAAAUGUAUUUAUUCAUCUGUAUUUGAAUAUUGUGCCUUAGAUGAAUGCUAUUUGACACAGUAUUACCUGUAAUUGCACUAGAACCGCAAACAAUCACUUUGUAUCAGAUUCUGUUUGGAUAAUUUACUGUAUAAAUAUGAAAAUAAACACCUUUAAACUCGUGA